AUGGAGAAGGGCGUUGGCGUAUGGCUUCACGACGAGGAGACGGAUGAGUGGCAUCGCGCCACGGUUGUCAAGCUCGGCGAACCGCGGGACGACAGCGAGGAGCGCCAAGUGACUCUGCGUCUUACCGAGGGACCGAAUGCUCGGACGGAGAAGGUGCUGCAGAUCGAUGUGCAGGCGCUUGAGGAGGAGCAGAUCGAUGGCGUGAUGCUGGCCAACAGUAGCGACAUGGACGUCGUGGAGGAUCUGAUUCAACUCCCACACCUACAUGAGCCUGGUAUUUGCCACACGCUGAACGAGCGCUUCAAGAUCAACGAGAUCUACACUCUCACAGGCGAAAUCUUGCUAGCUAUCAACCCCUUCCAAAACCUUGGCAUUUACACUGAUAAGAUCACACGCAAGUACAUCCGCAAUGGCGACAAGCGUGCGCUAGGACAGGAAGUAGCGGACAUGCCACCGCACGUCUUCAGUAUCGCCGACAAGGCCUACCGCUCGCUCGUCGACCCAAUCGGUCACAGCUCCAGUGGAGGCCCAGCCAACCAGUCGAUCCUAGUCAGUGGUGAAAGUGGCGCCGGUAAGACGGAAACCACCAAGUUCGUGAUGAACUACCUGGCCACCAUCUCGCAGCACAAGAACACCUCGGCCGACAGCAACGUCAUGAAGCAGGUUUUGUCGUCCAAUCCGAUCCUCGAGUCUUUCGGCAACGCGCGUACGAUCCGCAACGACAACAGUAGUCGUUUCGGUAAGUUCAUCAAGAUGGAGUUCUCGUCCGAGGGGAGUCUCGUCGGAGCGUCGAUCCAGACGUAUUUGCUGGAAAAGGUGCGUCUCGCGUACCAGGCCGAGUCGGAGCGUAACUACCACAUUUUCUACGAAAUCAUCGCUGGAGCGACCGCCGAAGAGAAGAAGCGAUGGAACCUUAAGGCGCCGACCAAGUUCCACUACUUGAACCAGAGUACUUGCGUAAAGCGUAAGGAUGGGGUGAACGAUGCCGAGCAGUUUGGUGUCCUGAAGAGCGCCAUGCAGACGAUGGGCUUUGACGACGAUGACAUGGAGAGCAUUUUCGUGACGAUCUCGGCGUUGCUGCAUAUCGGCAACUUGGAGUUCGAUGAGACCCACCACGCUUCGGGUACAGAGGGGUCUGAAAUCUCCAACAUGUGCGAAGAUUCGAUGAAGGUGGUACUGGAUUUCCUGGAGGUCGACAAAGAAGGUCUAGAGCUGGCGAUUUGCAACCGCAACAUCCAGACCAAGGACGAGCAUUACUCGAUUGGUUUGCUGCCUGAUGCCGCUGAGAACGCGCGUGACGCAUUGGCUCGAUUCCUGUAUGGCAAGCUGUUCGACUGGCUUGUCAGUCGUAUCAACGAGAUCGUGGAGAACGAGGACCGUGACGUUCCGUUCAUUGGUCUGUUAGAUAUCUUUGGCUUCGAGGACUUGGAGCACAACUCGUUCGAGCAGCUGUGUAUUAACUUUGCGAAUGAAACGCUGCAACAACAUUUCAACCGCACUGUGCUGCGUAUGGAGCAGGAGACAUACGAGAGGGAGGAGAUUCAGUGGAGUUUCAUCAACUUCCCCGACAAUGGUCCGUGCAUCGACCUGAUUCAGGGCAAGCCGUUCGGUAUCCUCCCUGCUCUUGAUGAGGAGUGUAUUGUUCCGCAGGGUAACGACCAGAAUUUCGCACGAAAGCUGUACCGUCAGCACGAGCUGAACCCGCACUUUAGUGCGACCAAGACGGAGAUGGCUAACCACCUCUUUGUCGUGCACCACUACGCUGGCGCUGUCACGUAUGACACGUUUGGGUUCUGCGAGAAGAACAAGGACAUUCUGUACCCGGAGAUCACUGCGAUCAUCAAGCGGUCGUCGAAGCCGUUCGUGCGUGGACUUUUGCAGGUCGCGCCUGAGAAGAAGACGCCGGCUAAGAAGACCAAGGGUCGAGCUUCCAGUACUGCCGCGCGCGUGAGUCUGGGUCUACAGUUCCGUACCCAACUGAAGACGCUGCUGGAAACCAUCAACGUCACCGACUGCCACUACGUGCGCUGCUUGAAGCCCAACGACAAGGCCAAAGCCAACUUGUUGGUGCCCAAGCGUGUGUGUCUCCAAUUGAAGGCAGGUGGUGUCCUGGAAGCUGUGCGUGUCAACCGUGCUGGAUACCCCGUCCGAAUUGCUCACCAGCAGUUCAUCAAACGUUACCGUCCACUCGCCAACGGCGAGUACUUGCAGCGUAUCCCUGCAGAUGCAGCUGAAGAUGUUUUUGAUAGCACUGAACGCAAGGAAGCAGCGAGCUUGCUGGUUGAGUUUUUGCUCAAGGCUCAUGCUGAGCGAUACCCUGAACUGGCUGGUGUAACGUCGGACGACCAGCAGGCGAGUGCAGUCGCUGGCAUCCAAGUUGGUCUCACUCGUGUCUUCUUUCGUCGUUCGGCCAUUCAGUUCGUGGAGGCUCAGCUGGCUAAGCGCUAUGGUGAAUUCGUCGUACUGAUCCAGGCUGCUGUUCGCGGUCUGAUUGCUCGUCGUCGUUACGCCCACAUGCAGGAAUCAGCAGUGGUGUUGCAGAAGGUGAUUCGUGGAUUUAACACUCGCUGCCGGUUCUACAAACUACGUGAGCGCCACCGCGAGAUGAAACGUCAAAAGGAACUCGCUGAGAAGAAACAACGCGAGGAGGAACGGCGUGCCGCUGAGGAACAGCGUAUCCUAGACGAAAAGCGCAAGGCUGCGGAGCUCGAGGAGCAGAAUCGUCUCACUGCCCAGUCUGCAUCAUCAGAUCCAGUGUCGGAUGACUCGUCUGAUGGAGACCGCGGUUCGUCAAUUAAGCUGCCCAGAUACUCCAGAAACUUCGAAGAAAGUCAUGGCAGUCGCGCUGUGUCUCGCUUUCGCUUCACCAAGGACUACGGCGAUGAGGACUACUCGAUGCCGAACACUUCUCGUCAGGUUGCGAUGGACCCGGGUGACACAGUCUUGCACGUGGCUGCCAACUGCUGCAACGAGCAAGAUGUGCUCAAGCUACUUCAAAACGGCUCCGACAUCAACGCUCGCAAUCGUCGUGGGCGCACCCCGCUCCACACCGCUUCUCUUUACCAGAAUGUCGAGGUUGUAGGCAUCCUUCUGGACUGGGAAGCCGAUGUUCUUGUGCAGGAUGAUGACGGUAACACGCCUCUGCACUUGACCAAGGACCCACGUAUUGCGCGAAUGCUUCUGGAGGCUGGUUGCACUCCUAACAUUGUCAACGCCGACGGUCGAACAGCUCUGAUUAAUGCUGUGGACCGCGGUGAUGCCAAGACGGUGAAGCUGCUGCUUCACUUCAAGGCGGAUGUGUUGUUCCGUGAGCUGAAGCACCACCAGACUGCGCUGCACUUGGCUGUGCGUAAGGGCCACUACCAGAUCGUCAUGGAGCUGUGCAAGUCCGAAGACAUCCAGGACUUGAUUCUGUUGACUGACCGCAACGAGAACAACGCGCUCCACUUCGCUGUGUCUCGUGACCGCAAGAACGGAUACCGGCUGGUGGAUUAUUUGAUCAAACACGGAGCUGAGGUGGACAAGGUGAAUGCCCGCUUCCAGUCCCCGUUGGUGGUUCACAUCAUGACGACUCGCCAGACUGACCCUGCCAUCACGAAGCUCUUCCUCUCAAGAGGAGCCGACCCGAACAUCCAGCUCGCCGAUGGAUCGACGCUUCUGCACGUUGCUGUAGAGCGUGAAUUAAUUGAUAUCGGUUGUGCCCUGAUCAAGCACGGAGCGUCACUGAACGCGCCAGACGCCAAGGGGCGAAUGGUCAUUGAGGUCGCGAACAAGAAGUUUUUGAAGAAACUAUUUAGCGCGAUCACACAGCCGCCCACGUGGAUUGACGAGAAGGAGCGUCGCUCGUGUAUGCUGUGCAGCUCCAAUUUCAAGUUUGGCAACCGACGUCACCACUGCCGUCACUGCGGACGCGUGUGCUGCUCAGACUGCUCAGCGUUCACGGUGGAGAUGCACCGAUUCCCGAAGGAGUUCCCUGGACGGAUGACGAAUGGCGGCAAGCAGGUUAAGGACCCACAGCGCGUGUGUCGUACGUGUCACGCCGUGUUCAAGAUGCGGUCGGCUCAGAAAGAGUCCAAGUCGGGCUUCAUGGCGCGCGUGCUCGGGUAUGAAUGGGACGAGGUAACUACUACCAAUUGAGCGUGAACCCAUACAGAGAGCACUAGCAAGUA